GUCAUUGUCACCCUUUGUAAGUAGAAAGAUCUUACCAAACCAGUUUACUUUGACCUCUCAAACUGAAUGAGACUUCAUGUGCACAGGUGUGAGGAUGUUCUGUUAGUGUGAGACAUAUUUUCCACUUUAUAUAACCAAAACAUUUAAACAGUUUCUAAAAUUACUACAUUGCUGCUACUAACUCAGGUGCUGUGCACCAAUUCCUAUCAGCCACUUGCACUUGAAUCAUCUUUUUAAAAGUGCAGAGAAAGCAUGACAGCUGUCUUUAACUGCAAGAGGCAGCCAAAUUCCUGUCUGGAUUGGCAUUCGCUGCAGCUGUGCAACUUCAGCUGUCACCCACCAAGAAGGUUCUGCAGAAGAAUGGUGAGGCUGUAAACCUUAUCUCCAGCUAUUAUUUUCUCAUUCAACCUGUAGGAAUGUAAGUACAAUUGUUUUCUAACAUAUCUUGUUCUAGGAUUGCAAGUUUUUUGAAUGGGGAAUUGUUUUCUCUGGGUGUGUUCAGAAACACAUAAUCCCAGUUAGUGUAACUGUUUAUUUGGUGUCAGGUAAUGGAUAUCUUCCAGAUUGUGAUAAAGCAGUAUAUUUAGGUGGAGAGAGACCGAAGAGAGGUUCAUUAAGCCAGCCAGAAGUUCAGAGUAACAUUCAAAUCUACUGAGAGGUCCUGUGGGUGUCUCACUAUUUGCAGCCAUGAUCAAAUUGUUAAGUGUUGCCAUUGUUGCAGGAUUGCUUAUUGAAAGCCACCAGCAGGCUGUUGAUGGGUCAAACUCAGUGACAUCAACGGAUGAAAAACGAGCAGGUCUUUCACACCUCCUCCCUCCUGUUAAGCUAGGGUGGCCCUGCUACUAUCCCACCCACAUUCAAUGCUGGACAGACUGGUUUGACAGAGAUAAUCCCAGUGGAACUGGAGACUGGGAGACCCUCUACAAUCUUCGUAAGGAGAACCCAGGAAAGAUCUGCCCUAAACCAGUGGAUAUCGAGGCCCAAACUCUUUCUGGUCUCAGUGUGACUACAGCAGGUGAUCUCAACACUCAAUCAGACCCAUCUGUAGGAUUCAUCUGCAAAAACAAGGACCAACCCACAAAGAUGUGUAAUGAUUAUCGUGUUCGUUUCAGCUGUCAUCCCCCUUUCUGCGGUGGAGGAGUAUGCUGGACCAAGUGGUAUGACCGUGACGAUCCCAGUGGAACUGGGGACUGGGAGACUUUGAGUGCUCUGAAGAAACAGUACCCAGGACAAAUUUGUGACUUCCCUCUGUACAUAGAGGCUGUUACCACCGAUACACUGACCCCAGCCAUCUCUACAGGGGAGAUCUUCCAUCUUUACAACCCAACUCAGGGAUUUGUUUGCCGCAAAAAGGACCAGAAAUCUGGCACGUGCCGCGACUACAAAGUUCGGUUUGGGUGCCCAUGCAAAUAUUAAGCCCUGCCUGAUAACGAUGGGGAGAGAAGACAUUCAGAUUCUUAUUACUUUAAUUUUCAUCAGAUGUUUUUUUUCUUUUCUAAUGUUGUUUUUUACUUGUUUUUAAUGGGCCUUUUUCACAGUGGACAUUUUGACUUAUAGCAAAAGCACAGGUGUUACAAAUAACAUUAAUGAUGGCUCCGUUGUAUUCGAGCUUCCCGUUAUGAUGUCAUGAUGAUGUGACAGUGCGCCAGCAUGCACAAUACCAGGACCCUGAAUCCAAAGCAGUCAAAUGGAAUUCAGCAAUAAUUCAUUUUUUUGUUUGCAUCUGUGCUUUUCCUACCUGGACACUUCACAAUGUCUUCCAUGCUUUAUCAGUCUAUCUUUUCUUUUUAGUGAUUAUGGAAUCAUUAUCUUAUAUGAUUACUGUAAGGAUCAAAUCAGCAGCAAUAAAA